AUGUCGACUGUACGACGUGAUAGACUUGUAAGCAUCGAAGCCGAGGCACAAGCACGAUGGUCGAAGGAGAAAAUUUACGAGUUGGAUGCUCCACUAAAAGGUGAAGAAACGCAGCCGAAGUUUUUCACAACGUUUCCGUAUCCCUACAUGAAUGGGCGGUUACAUCUCGGUCAUACCUUCUCCCUUACAAAAUGUGAGUUUGCCACACGUUUCUGGCGGAUGAAAGGGUACCGGUCGUUAUGGCCAUUUGGUCUUCAUGUAACGGGAACGCCCAUCGCUGCCUGCGCACAGAAAAUAAAGUUGGAGAUGGAACUUUACGGCAACCCUCCACAAUUUCCCGCGGAGGUGGAGGACAAACCGUUGGAGAAGAAAGAUGAGGUGGCUACAAUUGGUCAACACAAGGGCAAGCGUGGUAAAGCAGGUCCUGCAAAACCACAAUGGAUUAUUAUGCGCACGAUGGGGAUCGAGGAGAGUGAAAUACCAAAAUUCGCCGAUCCGCUGCACUGGUUUGACUUCUUCCCUCCACUCGCUAUUCAAGACUUAAAGCGCCUUGGUUGCCAUAUUGACUACCGCCGCUCCUUCAUUACGACGGACCGCAAUCCGUAUUAUGAUCGCUUCGUCUCAUGGCAGUUCCGAAACCUUCGCAGCUCCAAUUACCUCCACUACGGCAAACGAUAUUGCAUUUACUCUCCACUGGAUAAACAACCUUGUGCUGAUCACGACCGAGCAAGUGGUGAGGGCGCCCUGCCGCAAGAAUAUACCGUUGUUAAGCUGAAGGUAAAGAAUCCCCUGGAGCAGCCGGCACUUGCACCAUUCAGCGAAAUUAUUGGUAAUCGUUCAGUGAUUCUUCCGGGGGCGACUCUGCGCCCGGAGACGGUCAUUGGCCAAACAAACUGUUGGGUUUCUCCCAACUUCUCGUACAUGGCAUACAGCAUUCUUAAUGGCACUGGGGAGGAGGAGAUUUACAUUAUGACUUCUCGGGCUGCGAGAAACCUUGCCUAUCAGAACUUUACGGUGAACGGGAAAACUGGUGUGGACCCGUCGCCACUGUUUGAGGUGGAUGGUGCCAAACUCAUUGGUCUGCCGCUCUCUGCACCUUUGUGCCCGUACGAUACGAUUUACACACUUCCAAUGCAAAGCAUCAUUGAGACAAAAGGUACUGGUGUGGUUAUGUCCGUUCCGGCUGAUAGCCCAGACGACUACAUCAACUACGUGCAACUUGUGAACAAACCCGACUAUCGGGCGAAGCUUGGUUUGAAAGACGAGUGGGUAGCUAAUAAAAUUGUUUCACUAAUUGAGGUUCCAGGGGAAAUGGGCCGUGAAAGUGCCAAAUACAUGUGUGAGAAACUGAAGAUUAACGGCCCCAAUGCCACGGAUUUGCUUGAGGAGGCCAAGAAGGUAAUUUAUCAAGCUGGGUUCUACCAAGGCGUGAUGAUUGCUGGGCCAUUCGCGGGUGAGAAGGUUUCCGCUGCGAAGGUGAAGACAGUGAAACUUCUGGAGGAGCAGAACGCCGCCAUUCGUUACUACGAACCCGCGCGCAUCGUCGUUAGUCGUUCAGGGGAGGAAUGUGUUGUCGCCCUAUGCGACCAGUGGUACAUUGAAUACGGCAAGGAGGAGUGGAAGGAGAUGGUUAUGCGGCACCUAAAGAACAUGAACCUGGCUCCUGUCGUCCGCAAUGGGUUCGAGGAGACACUCAAUUGGCUUGCCGACUGGCCAUGCAGCCGCAACUUUGGGCUUGGGACCAAGUUCCCCUCUGACGAAGGAGGGACAAUGAUUAUCGACAGCUUGAGUGACUCCACCAUCUAUAUGGCGUACUACACAAUUGCUCACUUCUUGCACAAGGGGGCCGAUGGUAUUCACCGUCUUGACGCGCAUCACGAAAAUGCGCUUGGUGUGGAGCCGGAAAUGUUCACAGAUGAGACAUUCGAUUACAUUUUCCGCGGUAGAGGCACACCGGAGUCCGUUCAUGCUGUUAAUGGUCUCCCCACAGAAGCGGCCGAAAAGAUGCGGCGGGAAUUUUUAUAUUGGUAUCCUGUUGACCUCCGGUGCUCUGGGAAGGAUCUCAUUCAAAACCACCUAACGAUGUUUCUCUAUAAUCAUGCGGCGAUUUGGCCCGACGACGAGAGCAAGUGGCCGCGAUCGGUUUUCGCCAACGGUCACGUCCUCGUAGACAACGAAAAAAUGUCCAAAUCGAAGGGGAAUUUCAUGACAUUAGAGGAGGCAAUAAACGAAUACGGCAGUGACGCAACUCGCCUGGCCUGCGCGGAUGCAGGUGACACAUUGGAUGACGCGAACUUUGUCCGUGAAACCGCUACAGGAUUUAUUAUGAAAUUAACGACAGUAAUUGAUGGGUCGGAGGAGCUGUUGAAGAACAAAAGAUCUCUGCGGGGCGGAGAGUUUAACAUUUUUGAUAGAAUAUUCAGCAACACCAUUAAUACUAUCAUCAUUCGCGUGGAAAAGUACUACACAAAUAUGCAGUUCCGCAAUGUGCUUAAUGCGGCCUACCAUGAGUUGUCUAACGAGUUCAGUCAGUACAAACUGAACUGUGACACGAUGCAAAUGCAUGCGGAUCUUGCUGAACGUUACCUCGAGGUGAUAACACUCCUCCUCGCCCCUAUUGCCCCCCACUUUUCAGAGUACAUGUGGACGACUGUGCUUGGUCGAAAAACUUCUGUUGUACUGGAACCGUUUCCGAAGGUAACGGCCCCUGUCGAGUAUGCCACACUUGUUGCGAGUCGCGUUUUGACAGAUGUCGUGAAGGAGAUCCGUGCGCAGGUAACGAAAGCACAAAAGAAACGUGGCCCCAUCACUGAGGUUUGUGUGUACACUUCUGGUGCCUACUCCGAGUGGCAGGUGAAGGCGCUUGGGCUUCUACGCGAGUUGUAUGAGGCCAACAACAAGUCAUUUCCCGCAGAGUUCUCGAAGGCUGUGAUGGCGCGGCGGCAGGACUGGAUGACAAAAGAUAUCCUUCCCGAUGUGAUGGCUUUUGUUUCUUUCACCAAAAUGAACGUGGAGCAGUACGGGGAGGAGGCGCUAGCAUCAACUCCAGCAAUUAACGACAUGGAAGUAUUGAAGGAGGUACAUGCGAGCGUAUGCAAGUUAUCAGGUGUGCCAACGGUACAUAUUCUAUCCAAUGAAGACGAGACGUACACAGAACAUCGUGUGGCACGUAAGAAGUGCCGUCCGGGUGAGCCUUCCGUAGCCUUUCCGGACAAGAAGGCAUGA